AAUUUCUGGAUCCAUUUAUAAGAUUCGGAUUCAGCACUUGUUAGGGAUUUAAAACAGUGAUUUGAAAACUAUGCCACAUCGAACCCGACCUAUGACUGCACUUCUUGUAUUUACUGGUCUCAAUGUUGUGCUGGUAUCAACCAUCACUCCAGUCUAUGAUUUUGUAUGCUUUCAUCCAUAUUGGGAAAGAAGGAGAGAGCGUCGUCAGCAGCAACGAGAAGCUGCUAUGGGGAAAAGUUUUUAACAGGCAGAAGUAUCAUCUACAACGCCUUAGGAUUGUACAUUUCAUCUAAGUUCCUCACUCUCUGAUAUUUUUGGGUUGGAUUUUCUCUUAUCCUUUCUAACACUCAUGGAAAUGAAGAUAAGAAUGGGAUAAGAAAGCCCUUUUGCUUGCCAACUGCAGGAUUUAUUGUCCACUGAUUGCAUAUUGUUGAAAAGAAUCAGAACUGGACCAUUAGAUUCACUAGCUGUCAUGUUUGAUAUGUCAUAAUCAACCAACCUUCUCCUCAAUGCCCUCUUUUUUUUUUUGUUAAUAUCUGCUUUGCUUUAGCAGUUUGCUCUGCCAAUGAUACUUACUGAUAAUCUACACUAAGUUCCUAUGUUCUUCCA